CUGGAUGCCACCAUGAAGCCAGUGUCCCUGGUGCUGUUCCUCAUCUUCACUCUGCUGCCUUUCACUGCUGGCCACAUCCUACCAGGAUUAUCAGAGGGGAGAAGCAGGGAGCAGAAAGUGUGGGUCAGAGAAGGGAAUUCAGCCGUGCUACCCUGCCACUUGAGCCCCAGAAAGACAAGGGAGAGCUCAAAGCAGCUGCCUGACAAGAUAUCUGUGCUGUGGAAGAGGCAUGGGGGAAGUGUGCACCAGGAGCCACAGGUGGUGCUGGAAGUUGGGGACUCGGGCCUCCAGAAGACAGCACAGCUCAUGAAGCCCCGAGUGUCGCUCCAGGACUCCACCUUACGCAACGGCAAUUUUUCCCUGCGGAUCAUCCCUGUCCGGAGCAAGGACGCUGGGCUGUAUGAGGCACAGGUGAAAUACAAGACAGAGGUGCACAGCUGCCACGUGGAGCUGGGGGUGAUCACAGUGACCCUUAGUCCACCCAGUCCUGUGAUAGAAAGUGAGCUGCUCCUGAUGAGCUGCAACUCCAGCCACCGGGCCAGCCUUGUGGAGACAUGCUGGUUCCACAAGGAGCACUCGGGCCCCACCUCCAGGACCUUCUGCUCCUUGUCCGGGACUCUCUCCAUCCUCCAUCCAGCCAUGAGUGAUGCGGGCUCCUGGCGCUGCCAGCUUCGGUACUCUGAUAAGGAGAUCAUUUCUGCCACAUUCAACCUGCAAAUUCUAGGUUUUGAUGGCCCAACCAACCCUGUGGUCUAUGCAGCAGCUGGCUCUGCAGCCAAUCUACCGUGCAGUCUGAGCUACCUUCCCAGAGCCUUUGGGAUGAGUGUGGUGGCAGCCCACUGGAGCCAUCUUGCAGGAGGACAUUUGAAAGACAGGGGCAUCUUCCAGAAUCUGAGCAGCAGAAGCUUCCCCCUGCAUCUCCCCGCGGUGGGGCCGGGUGAUGCAGGGCAGUACUGCUGUGCUGUCUCUGUGGGACGCAGGACAAUCAGCAGGAAUGUGACCUUGGCCGUGCUUUCAGUGACUCCAAGCAUCCAAGGACCAGUUUCUGAGGGGAAUCGUUUGCUGCUCAUCUGCAGCCUCACGCACUCCCAGGGACAUGAGCGUUUCCAGUGGACUCACCUUGACUCAGCCCCCACUAAGAGCAAGCUGGCUGUGGCUACUCCCCGUAGCUUGGAGGACCACAGUUCCCGGAUGGGACCUACCUUGGAAAUAGCCCAAGUGUCACAAAAGGACAUGGGCACCUGGGAAUGCAGUGUGCAUGGCCCAGAAGGCAGACUGGGAGCAGUGGAGUAUGACCUGCAGAUCACAGGUGCCCAGGUCUCCAGCGCUCCCUCUAUCUUAAGUGGGCAGAUUACUUUUGGGCUCACACUCACCCUCUUUUUCCUGCUCGCCGUUUGUGUUGUGGCUCUGGCCCUACAAAAAAGGGCACGGACUCCUGCCUUCCCAGCACUGGAAGGGAUGUUUGCAGUCAAUGUGCCAUGGAAGCCCAUGGAGGAAAAGCAGAAAGGGAAGACCCAGCAAACAGAGUGCUGA